AAAGAUAGAAGAGAACCGAACUUGAGAUUUGGUCUCCGUUUCUAAUCCAUUUUCCUGAAAACUGAAGAGAGAACAAUCUAACUCAGCGAGAAGAAAGGUAAACAUGAAUCUCGGUGCCGGAGCUGUAGCCGGCGACGAUAUCUCUUCGUCUUCACCAUUAUCGCAGUGGACCUACGCCUUUACAAGGCGCUAUCAAUACUUCCUCGACAAAUCAACACCUCACGUUCUCCGUCGUUGGAUCGCCUUCUCGAUUCUCGUUCUCAUCUACGCUUUACGCGUCUUCUUUCUACAAGGCUAUUAUAUCAUCACCUAUGGUCUCGGCAUCUACAUCCUCCAGCUCUUCAUCUUAUUUCUCUCUCCUCAGGUUGAUCCUGAGAUCGAAGAACUUACCGAUGGACCGAUGCUUCCUACUCGUAGAUCAGACGAAUUCCGUCCCUUCGUCCGUCGCCUUCCUGAAUUCAAGUUCUGGUAUUCACUCAUGAAAGGAUUCUGCAUUGCCUUUGUGCUGACUUUCUUCAGUAUGUUUGACGUUCCUGUAUUUUGGCCGAUACUGUUAUUUUAUUGGUUGGUGCUGUUCGUGUCAACAAUGAAGAGGCAGAUAAUGCACAUGGUCAAAUAUAAAUAUGUCCCCUUCUCCUUUGGAAAGAAGCAAUACCAGGGAAAGAAAGCAGUUUCUUCUUCCAAUGAUACAGACAUCACAGCAUAAUGUACCAUGUCUUCUUCAGAUGGAUUAGAGCCACACACCCAAAAUAAUAAAAAAAGGAAAGAAAAAAAUCCCCCUUAAUUUUAUGUGGAUUAUUAUUCAGGGGAUGAUUAUAUUUCUUACAAGGAAGUUUCACCCGGGUCUAGUUUAGUAGCAGCAAUUGGUCUUUCUUAUUUAUUUAUGGAAUACUCUUUUGUUUUAAGAAGUUCAUUAACCAAUUCGACAUUCUUGUGAACUACUUAUUUGUCCCUCGAAAUGAAAAAGAAUAGUAUUGUUGAUUUUCAA